AUGGCGGCUUCAGCUGCUGUUCAAAAAACCAUAUACCACGGCCCCUUUGCGCAUUGUGUCACGCUCGUGGAAUUGGAAAUCUGUGAAAAAGGUUCGAUUGGAGUGGAUGAGCAGGGUGUGAUAAGGUUCGUGGAGAAGGAGGUAGAGGUCGAGGACCUGAGGGCUAAAUUUGAGGGGUGGGAGGAAGCGAAUGUGGUAGAGUUGCGGGAUGGGUUCUUUUUCCCGGGGUUCAUAGAUACCCACACACAUGCACCACAACAUCCGAACACUGGCCUUUUCGGAAAAACGACUCUUCUUGACUGGCUCGACACAUACACCUUCCCACUAGAGUCCUCCUUUUCCUCCAUCGACAAAGCUUCCCGCAUCUACACUAAUUUCGUCUCGCGCACCCUCUCCCACGGUACUACUACAUGCGCCUACUUCGCCACGCGGCACGUGGAGGCUACCAACCUUCUCGCUGAUAUCUGCCUCGCGCGCGGUCAACGCGCCCUCGUUGGUCGAGUAUGCAUGGAUCGCCUCAGCCCAGAUUACUACCGCGAUGAGAGUGUUGAGAGGGCAGUGCGAGACUCUCAGGCGUGCAUCGAUUACGUCCGCAGCAUCGACGCCGAAGGCUCAAUCGUGAGACCCAUCAUCACGCCGCGAUUCGCACCAAGCUGUACUGCACCCUGUCUAGCGGGUCUAGGCAAACUGGCUCAGGAAACAGACGCUUUUAUACAAACACACGUUUCUGAAAACACAUCAGAUGGCUGUUGCCCUGUUAGAGAACUCCUCAACGAAGGUCUUACGAUUGGAUUGGGCACUGACGUUAGCGGUGGAUUCUCACCGUCCAUUCUCGAGGAGGCGCGGCAUGCGAUCUGGACUUCGCGGUUCGUCGCUAUGGGUACGCCCGCUGCAUCAGCCUCCACUCUGAACAACGCCGCGGCGAAACUAUCCACCGCAGAAGCGUUGUAUCUCGCUACGCGCGGUGGUGCUGCAGUCGUCGGACUAGAGGAUCAAGUUGGCGGGUUCGAGGUGGGCAAGCAGUUCGAUGCGCAGAUGAUACUGGGCAGCGUGCCGGAAGAAGGGGACAAGGAGGAGUUUUUGGCGAGGAUGGCGCUGGUGGUCCAGUUGAUCUGUUUGGGUUUGAGAGUGCGGAAGAGAAGGUCGAAAAUUCUUGUGGCUAGCAUAGCGUCUGCCCAAACCCUUAACAUUCCAACUCCGGCUGGUAGUGUUGUUGCGCUUUCUGAGCCUUCCGUCAUCACUGGAAGCGAAGACUUUGGUAACAAGGAAUUCGAUCGCGGUCAACCGUGUGACUCUGACGAAGACACUGGUAGUGACAAUGCUGUCUUCGUCCUCGAGGAUGGCGCAAGCAUCUCCAAUGUUAUCAUCGGUGCUCAUUCGCUGGAAGGUGUACACUGCAAGGGAUCUUGCACGCUCACCAAUGUCUGGUUCCGCGAUGUCUGCGAGGACGCCAUUUCCGUCCUGGGCACUGGUGAUGCUACCAUUAUCGGCGGUGGUGCUCAAGAGGCCAAGGACAAGGUCGUUCAACACAAUGGCAUCGGUACGGUGACAAUCAAAGACUUCACCAUCGUCAACGCUGGCAAGCUUUACCGCAGUUGUGGUGACUGCACCGACAACGAGGCGAAAUCCCCACGUAGCGUUAUCGUCGAGAACAUUCGCGCCUACGGUGUGACCAGCGACUUGAUUGGUAUAAACUCAAACUUUGGCGACACUGCUUCUAUCACUGGUUCAUGUGGUACCACCAAGGCCGUCUGCCGCGAAUAUAAGGGCGUGAACAAGGGCGAUGGCGAUAGCGAGAAGCUCGACACCAUCGCCAGCUGCGGGGGUGACCAGGGCAAACUAGAAACACUCCCCGAAUGCGGUGCUGAAGAUGCGCUGCCAGAGACUGAGACUCCUACUGAGACAGCCGCUCCUUCUGCUUCUGCCUCCGCUUCUCCCGUUGAGGAUGGGCCAGCGGAGACUGCCACUCCCAGCGCCACAGAUGUUGAGGAGGCACCGGAGGAGACCGAAGCACCUACUGACGAGGAAGAAGACCAGGAGGAUGAGGUGCCUGUCGCCACUGCUGUUCCCGAAGUGACUGCUGCGCCAACUACUCUUGUCACUCAAACCUGGACUGCUGCGCCUGCAGCAACUGUUGGCUCUUCUAGCGGCAGCGUUGCCAGGUGGGGACAAUGUGGUGGUUCUGGCUACACUGGCGCAACUAGUUGCGCGGACGGUGCAACUUGCACCGAGAUGAACCCCUACUACUCGCAGUGCUUGUAG